AUUGUUGUCCGCCAGGCUGCAGUGACUUGAGUAUUCUGCUGUGAGCUGCUGAUGGGACAGAAGAAACACUCACCUGGAACAGGACUGUCCUCCACAGCAGUGUCAAACAACAAUGAAGAGUCUGAAGGCAAAGUUUAAAAAGAAUGAGAGUCAGGACUGGAGUAAGAGUGAUGAGAGGCUCCUGCAGGCUGUGGAGCAGAAUGAACCCGACAAAGUCUCAGCUCUUAUCGUCAAAAAAGGUCUCUGUCCUACCAAACUGGAUGCCGAGGGCAAGUCGGCGUUCCACCUCUGUGCAUCUCGAGGCCGGUUAGACUGUCUGGAGGUUAUCAUCACUCAAGGAGCAGACCUCAAAGUCCCUGAUGGUGCUGGCUUCAGCGCCCUUCACCUUGCAGCCAAAAAUGGCCAAUCAGAGUGUUUAAAGAGACUCUUACAGGAGAGAUUACCAGUAGAUUGCACCGACAGCAUUGGUAGGACACCGCUUCAUCAUGCAGCGGUUAGUGGCUGCCUGUCCUGCACUGAGACCCUGUGGGACUUUGAAGCUGAUCUGAAUGUCCAGGAUGGGGACGGAGCCACUCCUUUGAUCUUAGCAGCCCAGAUGAGCAGAGUGGAGCUGUGUGUCUUUCUGUUGGGUCGAAAUGCCAAUGCAAAUAUACAAGACAACCAGGGAAGGUCUGCACUAAUGCUGGCGUGUGAGAGUGACAGCGUUGAGACUGUAGAAGCUCUCCUGAGAGGUGGGGCCAACACACAGCUGGUUGACGCCCUUGGACACAAAGCGGCUGACUACAGCGAAACCAAUCAACGCAUCAUGCAGAUGCUGCAGGAUGGAGCACCUCCAGCUGCUGAGGGCGCAGGCGAGGAGCCCCCCCAAGUCCCUUCAAGCACCUCAUCAGUGCAAGGGGGCACUACCCCCCGCAAACGGAAAGCUCCUCCACCGCCACGCUCUCCUCUCCAGGGUUUGCCACCCUCUCCACAGCCCCGGAGUGCUGCACCACCUGCUCCGUCCCCUGAGCCCCAGUCUCCUUCUCCCUCUCCCCAGCCUCCAGAAAUGCAGCAAUCAGGACAGGCAGAGGAUGAGGAGGUGUUUGAGGAGAUUCGACGGCUGCGUCUGGAGAGAGGCCGUCUGCUCCAAAAGAUCAAAGCCUUGGAGCAACAGCAACAGAGUGCCAUCUCUGCCUUGGAGGAGCUGUCCCAACUAAAGCGGCGUCUAGAGGAGGCAGAGGCAGAGAGAGACAAGCUGCUUGAGGAGCUGAAGGGAGGUCAUGGUAUUGGGGCCAGUGAUUCUGAGGACAUGGAUGAAAUGUUUGACUUCCCAGAGAAGCUGCUCUCUAAGCGCUCCAGAGCCUCCCCAGCUCAGGAUGAGGCCACUUCUCAAGGGGACGCAGACUCAGCCCACCCUUCUGCAGACCCAGGAACUGUUGCUGAGCUGCGCAAACAAAUAAAGGAACUUACCUCACAGAACUCUGAACUAACUCUCAAAGUGCAGAUGCUGGAGAUGUUUGAGAAGGACGACACAGACAUGCAGACCUCCAGCUCAGAUUUUGUCCCCAUAGUUCAAUAUGAGACCCUGAGGAAGGAGUUUGUAGCCCUGCAGGAGCGAUUUUCUCAGGCCCAGGCUUCAGAGUCCUCCAGCAUGGCAGAGGAGCAUGGCGAUGAGAAGUCUCUGGAAGGAGGUGCAGAGAGUGUGGGGGCUCUAAGGGAGAAGCUACAAGGCCUAGAGGAACAGUUGGCUUCCUCACAGUCUGAGCUGGAGGAGCUGAGGGAGCAGAUGCGCCUUGGGGUGCUUUCUGUGGAGUGUGGUGAAGGGGUAACAGCCGCAGCAGGUGGUGGGACUGAAGGCGGAUCUGGGGCUACAGAGGAGGGUCUGGCCCAAGAGGCACAGCAGCUGAGAGCGAGGGUGACGGAGCUAGAGGAGGAGCUAGCUAAGAGACGGGGAGAGGCAGGGGGUCAGAGCAGCCAGGACAGUGACACAAUCAAACAGCUGACGGAGAAAGUAGAGGAACUCCAAGCUGCUCUGGCCCAGAAAGAGUCUAUGAAACCAGAAGGGGAGAAGGGUGGUGAAGGAGAACAGACGGAAACAGUGAAGUGUCUCCGUGACAAAGUAGCAGAGUUGGAGGCAGCCCUGGCAAAGAGCACGACAUCAGGGGGAGGAGCAGCAGGAGAUGGAAAUCAUGUCCGUCGUCUUCAGGAGCGUUUGGGCGAACUGGAGGGAGAGCUGAGAAAAUGUGUGCCCCGCUCGGAGAUGGAGGAGGUUCAAGUGACUCUGGGGCUCCAGUGUGAGCAGUUGGCCAGGGAGAGGGCAGAUGUGGCUAGAAGGCUCAACGAGGCUCUCCUGGAACUGGAGAGACUGAGGCCUCCUCCCAGUGGAGAUGAUGAAGAGGAGGAGGAAGAAGAGGAAGUGCGCUCAGAGAGUUCUGAGCCCUCAGUCAUAUCAGAACACUCCAGACGCUCCCUGGCAGCAGUGAGAGAAGAACUGGAGGUGGCGAGACAGGAAGCAGCCCAAGCUCUGGACUGUCUGUGUGCUGAGCGGGAGGGCCGGGCACAGGAGGCCCUACAGCUGCAAGACGCAGUGCCACUUUCAAAACAUAAGGAGGCGCUGUCUGCAGUAUCAGCGCAGCUGGCUCAGACACUGCAGGAGAUCCAGGAGGAGAAGAACCUUCGUGGUCAAGCUGAGGAGCAGGUGGCCAGACUAGAGGCCCAACUGCAGACCAUGCAGGAUGCCAUACCCAAAGAGGAACAUGAGAAAAUCAAGCACUCCCUGCAGGCCAGUGAGAGCAGUGCAGCAGCAGCUCAGGAGGCUUUAAAUGAGAAAGAGAUGGAGCUGAGAGAGCUGAAGUCCCAGAAGGCCGCAGAACAGGGUCUGAUCUCCAAGGAGGACCACGAGGCCCUGCGGCUCUCUUUGCAGGCCGAGAUCAACGCCGUCACGGCCCGUUUCAACGAUCUCACUCGCAAACAUGAGAAGACCUGCACUGAGGUGUUCCAGGUGCAGAGGGAGGCUCUCUUUAAUAAGAGUGAGCGGCAAAUCGCAGAGUCCCAGCUGGCUACAGUGCAGCAGCAGCUCGCUGAAUUACAGGCCAAAUCCAGCCACAUCCAAGAGCUCCACAAGAACAUGCAGGAAUCCCAGGGCCUAGUCAAGGAGAAGGACCGUAAGAUAACAGAGCUGUCCAAGGAGGUGUUUCGGCUAAAGGAGGCCCUUGGAGCUCUGUCACCUCCACUAGGCAUCACCUCCUCCUCCCCGUCCUCCUCCUCAUCUACUCAUCAUCAUGGUAACCCUGGGCAGCAAGUGGCACUGCAGAACAGGGUCGCUGUACUCACCCAGCAGUUACAAGAUUGGGAGAGAAAGCACAAACAGGUGGUGGCUAUAUACCGCUCCCAUUUACUGGCAGCUGUACAGGGCCGAAUGGAUGAAGAGGUGCAGAAUCUACUACUCCAAAUCCUGAGGAUGUCGCAGCAGGGACACUGAACCUUACAACAUCUGCAAGUCUCUAUUUUCCUCUGGUUCCUUAGCAGGUCAGCAUAAAGCAGCACCAGCACAGGAACCCUGUGGGACCAGCAUUGUUGAGACCUUGUCUAGAAAGCCAAAUCCAACUGUUCUGCGUUCAGACAUAUCUGCAUGUGUACAAUACAGUAACCUAAACAAUAGCCUUAAGGCUUGCCUGAUAACCAAACAGGGAAAAAUAGAACUGUAGAGUGCCUUCGUAGCUGGAUAACUGAAAUGACAGCAGCUUAUAAGUCAGGGGUUUAUGGUAGCAGAGAAUGAAGGUGAAUAGAGUCGUUUUAGAAGGUAGAAUCAGGUGCAAUGAUUGUGUGACAAGCCUAUUCAUUUUAUAAAUCAUUGUUAUAAUAAAAAGAAAAAUAAAUUGCGCUUCUGUUGAUUCUGUUCUUUUUAACUUGCUUCAUGCAUACAGCAUUGUAAAUUGAAACAAAAUAGGUUUCCAAAGCCACAGCUUCCACUGUCCCUCACAUCUAUUUUUGGGUAAUGGAAAUCUAAAGUCUUAAUUUGGCUGCAGCAAGUGUGCAUGGAAAGUUGGACAGCUGGGAUUUUAACUGGGGAGCUGCUACAAUAACUGGCAGAUAUGAAGACUCACAAAUGACAAUUUGAAUUGUACCCUCUUUUUCAAUUAGUUUUAUUGACAAAAAGCCAUUAAAGUUAAUCAAAAAGGAAAAGAUCCAAGAAAUUCCUGAGAAAGCAAAAAGGAGAUCUGAAACAAUUGCAUUAAUCAUUUGGACCUCAACAAAAGCCUUGUAGCUCACCUCAUUUCUCUGUGCAUUCAUGAGGCUGCUGUUAAGAACAGUGGAGGGUCUGAUUAAAGAUAUGUUGCUUAUAACAUAGAGAGAGAUGCAUAAAGCAUAUGACCUACCUCUAGUAAGAUUUCAAAGUAUUAGAUUGGCAAAAAAUGGGGUAGGAAACUUUGUCACUGCAGCCAUGGAGCGGAAAUACACAAGCAAGUCACUGACACAUAGAGACUAAGACGGUAGGAUGAGGACAAUCAAUAAAGUGAUGUGUUCCCCUGAGCCGGGACAAUUAAUUGGUUUAAUAUGAUGUCCAAAACCACUGUCUUUAAUAUCAAUCACUGUAGACUAGUGCUAAUUAGUGGCCUGUCUGUAAAUAAAAAGACUCACUGAGGGGACUGUUGUGACGCACAUAAAGACAAUGACAGCCAUGACACAAUAAGACAGUAUAACAA